AUUAUGAUCGCCACUGAACCCAUUACCCCGCAAUGAACUAUGAGCAUUAAGGGGAACACGGAGAACCAUUAGGGACGCUGGGGUGACUGAGUGUAAACAGACAAGUAUAAGGUAUUUGGAUGUGGAAGAAAAAUGCUCUCAUCUUCAUCCUCACCUGAGCUGGAAGGAAGACAUUCCCCUGAGAUGGGAGAAGAAGCCAUCAAGGCUAACAAGGAUGAAGAGAAGAAAAAAGAGCAGGGAACAGUGAUUUUUUCUAUACCGGAUGUGGCGCUGGUCGGGUCGCAGCCAAACUCCGAUAGGAUUGUUCCUGGUUCCCUGACCAUCGUUGACAAGGGCCACGGCACGUACAUGGUGUGGAGGCGAACGGACGCCGCCAGUCCGGAGCGGACCGACGACCGCACCACCAGCCCGGCUCGCACCGACUGGGCGCUGCUGGAGCCGGCCGUCGGCUUCCACCGACACAACAGCCGCACGGAAGAUGCGGUGUGCCUGGGGCGGGCCGAGCCGGCCCAGUUCCGGCCGCACCCGAUCGAAAUCGACCUCUCGGAGAUCCGCUCUUUGCGCGUCACCGAGCAGGGCACGCGCUGCGUGAUCGUGCAGAGCGAUGGCAGCACGACCAGUCCUCUGCGGUUCCCGUCCCGAGCCGAGACGGACGCGUUCCUGGACACCGUGUACGGCGUCACACCCAUUCAGAGGUCAUGUCGGGACAGUUCUCUGUACCUGGCCGUGGACCGGCCGCCGGCGGCGCGCGCCGGCCCGUCGUCGCUGUACGAGCUGGCGCUGCCGGUGGAACGCUCAUUCGGCUCUGUCCUCAAGUUCGUGCGCGACUUCCAGCAGGACCCGCGCACUGCCGCUCUCUCGGGCUUCGGCAAGCUGGCCGACACCUUCCUGAACCUGGGUCUGGAGGACCAGAGGCCUGCAGAGGACAUCGCCGACCUGCUGAAGCAGCACAGCAGCGAGUUUGAGCCGCCGCGGCUGCAGAGUACGCAGCAGGAGGGAUUCGAGGUGGUCACUGAGAUCCAUUUGGGCGAGCGACGGCCGGUCUCCAGAGAGCGCCCCCUCUCUCACCAAGAGUGGGAUGGCUUCCACGACGCCGAGGGACGCAUUGUGGACGCUGACCAGCUGCGUGAGCGCGUAUUUCGCGGGGGCGUGGAGCCAUCACUGCGCCCAGCGGUCUGGCCGUUCCUGCUGGACUACGACCGGGCCGGGAUGACGACUGCAGAGCGGCAGCAGCACCGCGAGAAGCGCAAGGACGACUACUUCCGCAUGAAGCUGCAGUGGGCCUCCAUGUCAGAGGAGCAGCUGGCUCAGUUCGCCGGCCUCCGGGACCGGCGCGCGCUUGUCGAGAAGGACGUCACGCGCACGGACCGCUCCGAGCCGUUCUUCGCCGGCGGCGCCAACGUCCAGCUGCUGCACGACAUUCUCGUCACCUACUGCAUGUACAAUUUCGACCUGGGCUAUGUACAGGGCAUGUCUGACCUGCUCAGCCCGAUCUUGUUCGUGGUCAGGGACGAGGUGGACGCCUUCUGGUGCUUUGUCGGCUUCAUGGAUCACGUGAGCAGCAAUUUCGAGCUGACCCAGAAGGGCAUGGAGCGUCAGUUCUCGGACCUGCGCGCGCUGCUGCAGGUGUACGACCCGGACUUCUGGACAUACCUCGACCAGAACGAAUCCAGCCGCAUGUCAUUCACGUUCCGGUGGCUGCUGGUGUGGUUCAAGCGUGAGAUGGAGUGGGCCGACGUGCAGCGACUCUGGGAAGUGCUGUGGACGCGGCGACCCUGUCCCAACUUCGUCCUGCUGCUGGCGCUAGCUGUGCUCGUCCAGCAGCGCUCCAUCAUCAUGGAGUCCAGCCUGGGAUUCUCGGCCAUUGUCAAGCACGUCAACGACUUGGCAAUGCAUAUUGACCUGGAGGCCAGCUUGAAGCUGGCGGAGGUCAUAUACCACCAGUUUCGGGAAGGAACGCGAGUGCCCACCGCCGUGCGAGCCAUCAUCGGCCUGGCGCCAGGGGAGGCCGCUACCAGCGCUGCCGACUCGCUCUCCAGCCAGCGCAACAGCACGAGCGACGACGAGCGUGCCUACGAGAAGGCGCUGGCCUCAAAUUUCACGUGAAGCAUGCACAUGGAGUGCGUUGCCGGCUGUGGCGCGAAUAGUUCUGUUCAACAACAGCUGCUGCUGCUAUUGGCCGACCGGCCUCACACGUGCUGGCUGCGGCGGCCUUGACAGCAGUGGGGUACACGCCAAGAUGUAAUGAAAACGUGCUGACGCAAUUUGAGGGAUGGCUGAACUUGUUCAGCUGCCAGCUUCCAAGCUAAGCGGAUGGAGCGCGCGGCGUGUAAAACGCUUUUGGCAGUUGGCGGACUGAGGAGCCUCAAAUUGGCUUUGCAAUGUAAAAUAUGAAACAGCACUUGCCUGUGCCACCACACUGAACACGAAUGUCCCCAGCAGUAUGUUGCAUCAUAUAACUGCCGCUCGCUACAUGUGUAGCCCUUCUGCAUGCUGUGCAUAUAUGCGUUGUCGCGGAAACUUUGUACAUUUGGUUGUGAUUGUCACAUUACCAUACAAUGGGCAUUUCGUUCCACAUAAGAUGAGUGUGAAUCCAAUUAACCAGAUGCCACUUAAGUUGUAUAGACCUAGUAUGAGGCGUUUGGUAUCGAAGUGAUAAUGAAACGACAUCCGAUUGUAUGACAAUACCUUAGGGGGUACAAGGGCGUCCUGAUGGACCACUCCACGCCGCACAUAUUUCGUGUUAUUAUUACACUGCCAUAUUUGUUUAGCGGCCGUUUCUGAGAUGAGUGAGCACGACCGAUUGUCUCGUGCCUGCCGCUGCCCUCGUGACCGGGGGUCGCUCCAAGUGUAGCGGUAUCUGGUGUGUCGGCGCGUGCGGAUGGCUGGUGCUGGUGACUUUACAAGUGAACAGUUAGCUCCACCAGCAGCGUGUAUGUCCCAAAGAUGCCAGUAGAUUGCCCCAUAAGGAGACACCUUUGACACAUCCUGUCACUUGAUGUGUAAGCCGACUGUAGCGAUUAUAUUUUCGUACAUCAUGAGCAAUACAUGGGUUUCAUGCUGUA